GAAAGAAAAAGUCCGGCGGGACGCUUCCGCGUUCGCGUGCGAGCUGACGGCGGUGAUGCAAUUUGGGCGGCUGCUCAGUACUCGGUAGUUUAUUGGCAGAGGACGCAGAAUUCAACGGCCGGAACUGGUUGCCCCAGUGACGGCGGCCGAAUCUUCGCCGGAGAGAGGAUAGGGCGUGACUGGCGGCGAAAUCUGGGGGGACAGCGACGGCGUACGAAGCCCCCACCCGGCGGUCCACGCGCUCGGCCUCGCGGCCUCGCAGUCGCUGUCGCGCGGCAGCGGGAAAUAGUGCCACCGUUUGACCUCCCGCCCCGCCUCGUUAAAUCACGCCCGCCCCCGAGCCCGAGGAGGAGGAGGAGUCCAGCGAGGGGACAGACCGGACUGACGCAGACCCGGCAGCGGAAAGAGGAGACAGCCGCGUCCGUCCGUCCGUCCUCGAGGCCCCGGCCGGAGAUUUCUCCGCCCGUGCCGAGCGUCACCGGAGCAGAGCCAGCUGUGCGGAGCCGCGGAAGGCCCCGCCGGCGAGGUGGUCUCAGCCUCUCGGAGAAGCGCGCAGAGCCCCCCGCGGCGCCGGCCGGCCGGCGUAGGAAGGAUCCACAGAUGGGCUGCGCGUUCUCGUCGUCGCCGUCGCCACGGAAGCGUGAGCAGCGCGCCCAAGGGUACGAGGAGCCCGCCGUCCUCGCCGCCGAGACCUCCUUCACGGUGAACGAGGUGGAGGCGCUGUACGAGCUCUACAAGAAGCUCAGCUUCUCCAUCUUCAAGGACGGCCUCAUCCACAAGGAGGAGUUCCGGCUGGCUCUGUUCAGGACCAGCAGAGGGGCGAACCUGUUCGCGGACAGGGUGUUCGACCUCUUCGAUCUCAAGCGCAACGGCGUGAUCGAGUUCGGCGAGUUCGUGCGCUCGCUCAGCAUCUUCCACCCCAAAGCGCCUGAAUCUGAAAAGACCGCGUUUGCAUUCAAGCUGUACGAUCUGCGGGGGACAGGCUACAUCGAGAAAGAAGAGCUCCGGGAGAUGGUGGUGGCGCUUCUUGAUGAGUCCGACCUAUGUCUCUCCGAUAGCGCCGUCGAGGAGAUUGUCCAUAAUACGUUCAGUCAAGCAGACUCGGAUGGUGAUGGCAGGAUAGACCCCAAGGAGUGGGAGGAGUUUGUCAAGCAGAACCCAGCGUCGCUGAGGAACAUGUCACUGCCCUAUCUCCAGGACAUUACGACGACAUUUCCGAGCUUUGUAAUGCAUUCCGAAGUCGAAGACUACAGUGGAAUCAGCAAAUAAGGCACAAUUAACACUUAUUUUCGGUGUCAUAUGAUCCGUUGGUCCUGAGCUGGGAGGCAGCGCAUUCAAGAGUGAGCUGCAGCAGAAAUGUCUGGAACUCAAAUAGGAGGACAAGAGAUGGAAAUCCGGUUGAAGAUGACCGACGGUGCGUGAAGUAUACUAGCGGGUAGUGCGCGGCGGCGUGCCGCCGCGCCACAUGGACUAAUUAGAUAUUUAGUUUUUUUUGUAAUAUUUGGUAAGUUGACCCAAGACUUCUUUUGUGGCAAGGUAGUUCAUACAAGAACAUGCUACAUCUAGUUGGUACAUAGGUAGGAAAUUGUGACAAAGUAUUUCAUACAAGAAAUCCAUCUAGUUGGUACAUACA